ACACCUGAUAAGCACCUCACAGCUUGUCCUGCUGGUUUGGUUGCAGGGGAGUCCCAUUGCUCAAAGCCCUCUUUGUGGUUGCUGGCUCUAAACAGUCAGCCCCUAACUUUCUCAACUCAUCAUCUCGGCAGCCCCAGUCCUCCCUAUGGAAGUGCCAGCAUAGCCAGUGCUUGAGUGGGCUUUUCAGUUUGUCUUCCAGGCUUGACCCUAUCAAAGGUUGCCUCAGAGUCAGGUUGGGAGGUUACCAUGAAGCAGCCCAGCCUCAGAAAUGGACAAGCCGUUCUGGAAGCCAAGACCAAGUGGAGAGACAUGCCACUGAAACAGGACCCAAUGGUCUGUUUGCAGCUGCCAGAAAGAUGGCUCUCCUACAUCAAACACUAGGACAAGAUAAACAGCAGCCCUAAGACCUUCCCUGGACAGAUUUGGGCUGGAGGGCACAAUGAAGCCUGACAGUUUCAUUCUGGGUUUGCCAUGGGUUCUAUACAAAGCCAGAAGCUGGGUGGGAAGGGAAUCUCCCCAAUUACCUGAGACGACUUUGGUAGGCAAAGUAAAAUGGGAAAUGGGGCAGAAAUAGACAGCCAGCCUGUCAGCUAAAGCCAGCUGUGGUGAGCCUGAAGUUCGGAGGCCCCUGCGCCCCCUGCUGGUCCCUCAGACAGGCUCCUGCCUUUUGGCUUCCUUCUCCUCAGGGGGCUUUCUGAUCCUUUCCACUUGCCUCAGUAUCUGGAAUGACUGCUUCACCUCUCCCUAUCCCCCCUCACUCGUUUUAAUCUUUUCAGUUUCGGACAUAGCCUGGAGCUGCUCCCUCUACCCUGCCAUGACCCGCCUUCUUCCUUUUUUUUUUUUUUUUCUUUUUUUGAGACGGUGUCUCACUCUGUCACCCAGGCUGGAGGCAGUGGCGUGAUCUGGGCUCACUGCAACCUCCGCCUCCUGGGUUCAAGCAAUUCUCCUGCCUCAGCCUCCCAAGUAGCUGGGACUACAGGUGCGCACCACCACGCCUGGCUAAUUUUUGUAUUUUUAGUUCAGAUGAGGUUUUACUAUGUUGGGCAGGCAGGUCUUGAACUCCUGACCUCAGGUGAUCCGUCCGCCUUGGCCUCCCAGAGUGUUAGGAUUACAGGCAUGAGCCACUGCACCUGGCCCCAGCUUCUUCCUUUCUAACAAAAACCUGAGUCUGAGCAAAUCUCUCUCUCUCUUUUUUUUUUUUUUUUUUUUUUUUUUUUUUUUUUGUAGUAUAUGAGCCGACCUCUUGAAGGAGCCUGGAAACCCUGCUUCCCCACCUACAGAUAUGCCCCUCAGGACUGUGAAAGUGGCAGCUUUCCUCUCCCUGCCUCAGCCAUCACUUCAGAGCAGGCUACUGCUGCUGCCUCCCAGAGGGGCUUGCAGCCUCCAGCUCUUGCUCCUCCCCUCUGUCUCUAGCGCUGCAGAAACAGAUCUUUUAUGGGGCCUUUGAGGUUGGCCCCACUAGCUUUCUCAUGACAGCCCUCCACUAUGCUCUAGAUUGGACCAGGAAUACUCUCUUUCUCUUUCCAAAUCCUGUCCACUUAGCAUGUUCUGAUAACUCCAGUGUUCACACCCCAGCCCAUCCCCGCCAUGCCCUCCGCUGAGGCUCCUGCUGCCAGGCCACUGCUAUGCCAUUGUCUCCUGAGUGUGUUUGUCUUCUGAGAUUGGAAGCACCAAGAGGUCAACAUCUUCCACCUCCCAUAAGGCCAAGGGCAAUGCCAGGCUCCCAAUGUGCACUCAAAGGACCAUUUUGAAUGCUGCUCCUCUCCUAAUGAUCUCCUGGCCCCACCUCAGAGCUCUUUGGGGUGUGGCAGGGCCGGGGUGUGGCUGGGUCUCCCAAGGCUGUCAUUGUCAGGUCACUGCAGAAGGAGGAGAGAUAUGGGACAUUUUCUAGAAAGGGUGAGAACAAGAGGGAGAUUGGGUGAGGAAGGGAUGACCACUCGGGGAGGAGGUCCCUGGAUACUAGUCACCACACUAGUGGAGAAGCCCAUGCGGGACUUGGAGGAUGUGGAUCCAGGGGAAGCCCCCAAAUCUCAUAGUUGCUUUGUUCUAUCGUCUCUCCCCAUGCCUUCAAAGGCGGCUUGCCUUCCCAGUUCACAGCCUCCCGCCAGAUUCUUGCGUGACCUCAGGCGGCACCCAGUGCUGCUGUGGACAGCUCAUUCCGCCGCCGCGGUGGCUACGACGGCUCCCGGCCUGUCCCCGGCGCCGCCAGGGGGCGAAUGGGGUGCCCGCCGGCUCCUCGGACUCCGGGCGCUCCGGCACUGCGCUCCGGAGAUGCCCGGCCAGGGAAGAAGCAGCUUCCCUCCGCCGCCACAGCCCAGCCGGGCAGAGACUUCCAGCCCCACCCUCAGGCCCUCUCGGUGGCUCUGUGCGCCCAGGCCUAGGGGUGGGGGGCCGUAGGUGCUGCGCGCCCGCACAGAUGCAACCACUCACCCCACUGCAGAGAAAGAGAACCUUCCCAUUAUCAGCCAGAGAAAGACGUCUGUGGCCUGAAUGGUGCUGCUGGACCCACAGUGUCUCUACACAAAGGCUGUCCCUAGGUAGGGUAGAGCUAGUGGCUGAAGGGGAUGAGGAGAACUCUGAAAGAGGCCUCCUGUGGAGCAGCACAAAAGCCCUCGCCAGAAGCCGAGUGGAUGCCACGCCACUUGAACUUCCCAGUCUGCAGAACUGCUACAACACGAAGAGGAGCUGCCAACACCAGAUGACCAACUCCUUUCCAGUUACGGACCAUCCCGGUGAUGAGACCUCCAUAUGUUGUCUGAUGGCCGCAGUUCCUUGGCAAACGGGAAUGGAAACCCACACUGCUGUUGUGAAGAAACCUGAUGAAACUCUAGCAACUUCUACAUCUGGCCUGCUGCUUAGUCCUGAGACCUGAGGUCAAAAUCAUAGAAAAGAGCCAUGUGAGAUGCAUUCCCUGGCCUCAUCUCUGUUCUUGGAUGCUGUCAGCAACACUCCCUGAGUUUUUACCCACAUAAUAACACUUUCCUCAGCAUGGAUGUGGAGGUGGGGGUGCACUUUACAGGUCCCUGAUGAAUCAAGAGAACCCUCCACCAUAUCCGGGCCCUGGUCCAACGGCCCCAUACCCACCUUAUCCACCACAACCAAUGGGUCCAGGACCUAUUGGGGGACCCUACCCACCUCCUCAAGGGUACCCCUACCAAGGAUACCCACAGUACGGCUGGCAGGGUGGACCUCAGGAGCCUCCUAAAACGACAGUGUACGUGAUAGAACGGGAAAGGAAGAUGGACAGCGGGUGUCAGGCAGUCCUGGCUGCUUGUUGGGCUGCUCUCUGCUGCUGCUGCCUCCUGGACAACUUGAACUGAGCAGCUAAGAUCCAAGUAUUUCCCUACAGCCCUGCUACCUCCUGUUACUGGAAUAAACAACUACUGUUGCACAAUU